CGCCCCGUCCAGCGGAUUGGCCAGCGUCACUAGUGCGUACAGCUCGCCCAUUGGUGUACGCUGCUGUCAAUCACGCAUCGCCUCUCAUCGGACGAUCCUCCUCAGUAGGACGAUCGGUUUGUCUAGAGGCAACUUGACAGUCCGUUUUAAAAUCCGUUCACAAUAGUACAUCAGCACGGAUGUAUUAAUUUAUAUGCCCAUUUAGAUUUAAACUUAAGGAGUGGCAUACCAUCGUGAAUGGAGUAUCUCAUCCCGCAAAAGGUCCGUUUUCCCCCCGUAACGUGCCAUCGCCUGCGAGGAAAUCUGACCCUCAGCUGCAGGAGGAGCGCUGUCGAGCCGAACAUUUUUCUCCACCGUCAUCCGAUCUGACACCAUAUCCAAUGGUUACAGCCCAACCGCCAUCACGCCGCACGACACGGAGCUUUUUCGACAGGACACACGAUUUUAAGUCACAAAAUGGCAGUUUUCAGCUCACAGGUGCUUCUUGCCGUAACAAGAUCAAGGGGAUCCUACAUGCUUUCUAAAAGACACGGUUGUGCUUCACUCCCGUCGACCGCAUGCAUAUGCUACCAUUCGGAGUUCCUCAGCCGGGCUGCCGUCACAGCCAGGUGUCCCAGGCCGCUGUACCCCUGUUACACAUCCAGCUACAUCCGCCCUGGGUGCGUAGCUGCACGUCCCCUCCACAGUUCUUGUGCUUGGCUUCAAGAGGUGAAGGACACCGCUGCGGGUUCUGAACCCAUCAAGGGUGAGCCUGUCCCUGCCGCCUCUGGCACUCAACCACCGCCAGCACCACCAGCAGUGCCAAGGAAGUCCCUGGGACAGAGAGUCCUGGAUGAGCUCAAGCAUUACUAUCAUGGCUUCCGCCUUCUAGGCAUCGACACCAAAAUCGCGGGUAGGAUGGUCUGGAGGUUACUGCACGGGCAGCAGCUCACCAGGAGAGAGAGGAGGAGGCUGAUGCGGACAUGUGCCGACUUGUUCCGGCUUUUGCCCUUCAUAGUCUUUGUCAUCGUUCCCUUCAUGGAGUUUCUGCUCCCCGUAUUCCUCAAACUCUUUCCAGAAAUGUUGCCUUCCACAUUUGAGACAGAGUCCAAGAAGGAGGAAAAACAGAAGAAGGGACUCGCUGCUAAACUGGAGCUGGCCAAGUUCUUACAGGAGACCAUUGCUGAGAUGGCCAGGAGGAAUAAAGCAGCUGUUGGAGAUGAGACUCAGAGGUUCUCGACUUACGUGCAGCAGGUGAGGCACACCGGUGAACAGCCCAGCACUAAAGACAUCGUGAAGUUCUCCAAGCUCUUUGAGGAUGAGCUGACGCUGGAGCAUCUGGAGCGGCCGCAGCUAGUGGCCUUGUGUAAACUGCUGGAGCUGCAGCCCAUCGGCACUAAUAACCUGCUGCGUUUCCAGCUGAUGAUGCAGCUGCGCACCAUCAAGGCUGACGAUGAGAUGAUCGCCAAGGAGGGUGUGACCACAAUGACUGUAGCCGAGCUCCAGGCCGCCUGCAGGAGUCGCGGCAUGAGAUCUUUGGGUCUGACCACAGAUCAGCUCCGACAGCAGCUGCAGCAGUGGCUGGACCUGCACUUAAAAGAGAAUGUGCCACCGUCCUUGUUGCUGCUUUCUCGUGCAAUGUAUCUGACGGACCUCGCUCCUAAAACUCCAGUCAUCCCACCGGUGCCCAAACUGGAGAAAGCCACUCCUCCUCCUGUGGAGGCCGAAACCGCAGCUAAAGGGAAUCCGCUGUCCUCUUCAGUGGAGGUGCUGGUGGAUUCUGCUCCGGUCAUCAAAGACCGAAAGUCUGAAGAAUUGUUGGAGAAACCCAGAGGGCUGGACAUGCCAUCACCCGAAGCUCAGUUAAUACAUGCUAAAGAGGCAGAGCUGUCACAGAAGUCCAAGAUGAGCGCCAAUGGGAUGUGAGAGGCACUCCAUGUUUCCUCAUUCUGUUGCAGAUGAGGGUGGAGGUUCGAGUUUGGCUGCUUCUGCUGAGGAUGCGUCUCUCUCACAGUCCAGGAUUUCCGAGGCCUUGCCAUCUCACACCUCUCAAACGGACCAGAUGGACUAGCCGCAUCACAUCCUCCAUCGACAUCUGGUCCUCAAAAAGGAGGAACAUUGUUUAUGUUAGAAUUUAGACAUCACUCCAGCUUGACAUCCGACAUGUUUACAUCUCCCAUCCCCCUGAAGAUUUGACGAAUAAUGUAAAUUUGCAAUGAAAAAAACAUCGAAAACCAGGAAAUGAAAAAAUG